UCAUUGAAAAUUUCCAAUGAACUGUAUGUUUUGCUUGAGGUCAUCGCGUUUCUUGUUAAGAGGUGCUCUGAAGCCUCCAAAAAAUCGGACGUCAUUAAUUAUUCAGUCGACAUUGAAAACGCAAGUUGCAAACCCUGUCAAAAAUGAAUCAGGAUACGGGCAAUUCAGAUACUUGAUUGCAGCACCUCUUAUUUGCGUAGGCCUCGGAACAUGGCAGAUCUUCAGACUUCAGGGAAAGUUAGAACUCAUAGAGACAAUAAACAGCAGAUUUUUUGCUACGCCGAUUCACUUAAGGGAAAUUGAUUUCACGAAUAAUGACAUCAAAAAUAUCGAGUAUACGCAUGUUUAUGUAUCCGGUGAAUUUGAUCAUGAAAACGAAAUGUACAUUGAUUUCAAACAACCUCAGAUGCCGGCGUCUCAAACCCAGUGGACUCUAGCUACGGGUUCUAUAUCAACACGAGGAAACUAUGGAAGCCAUAUAGUUACACCUUUUAUUGUAGACUCCGAAGAUGCCAAAAAACUGAAUUUACGAAAGGUCAAGAAUGAUGAACCGGUGAGAAUAUUGGUCAACCGAGGAUGGGUUUCGAAACACGAUGUUAGCCCUUCGAAGCGUCCUGAAGGUCAAGUAAAGGGUAAAGUUCAAAUAUCGGGUUAUAUCCGAGGCGAGGAAAAGAAGUUUAUGAAUUUCUUGAUUCAAGAUAACCAGAAGCCUGGGACUUAUUUGUUCAGAGAGGUCAAUAACAUGUCCAAAUAUGGCAAUACAGAACCGAUAAUGAUUGAGCUUGACGAAGAAAGUUCUGUGCCUGGAGGACCAAAUGGAGGCCAAACGAUGGUUAAGAUUUACAAUAAACACGCUGAGUAUAUAGCCACAUGGUAUGGUCUGGCCAUAGGCACUGGAUAUCUAUGGUACAAACAUGUGUACCAGGCGAAACCAUUUGCAAGAAAGAUGUUCUUCAGGAAAUGAAACUGAUUUGUCUAAAUCAGUGAAUUCAUGUACAAAGUGCCGACUGUAAAUAUCUUUGAAGAGUAAUUUAAUAAUCGUGAGGCGACAAUUCGUAACAGGCGACAAUUGGAGCGAGAACACUGAUUCACGCGCAGUAUUCCUUUCGUGCCGUGUGUAAGCGCAGCGGAGCGAGCGUAUGAUACUUUCCAAUGGCUUGUUACGAAUUGUCGCUAGUUCCGAAUUGUCGCCUGUUAAGAAUUGUCGCCCUGCCUUAAUAAUACAGCAGUUGAAAUAUAAUUUUUUCAUUGCAAUUUUUUUUCUAGAUAAAAUGCCACGAUGGUCUU